AUGCAAAGUGUAAAAAAUAAAGAUGAUUUAGCUGGUAUGAAAAUUGUGAAUUUUUUAAAUAAAAAGGAUAAGCUAAAGGGAGCUCAAAAAGCAACGGGUCAACUUCCUAAACCCCCCGACGCUCCACGCCCUGACAGUGCGACACUGGGUCAACGUCGUGCUCAACGUCCCGGCACUACAGUUGAUGCGGCAAACGAAAGAAUUUUGGAAACUUUUAAACAAGAGGGUGUGUCACGGGGGGGUAGCGGAAAUGUUGUACACAAGGGGACGCGUUAUAAUAUACACUAUACAGAUUUGCUUUACGAUCUAACACACAAUACGACAGAAAAGACAGCCAAUUUGACAUCGAUAGAAUCUCAACAAGCCAUGCGAUUAUUAAGAAAAAUUAAAAUGCCAGCCUCACACAUUCGCAGUACACGUCUUCGAGCACAGUAUAUAAAAACUCGUACAACACGUGCGUUACCCGAAACACCUUCGACAAGUGGUGAAGAGGAUUCCCUCGCGUCAACACCUUUUGGUCGGCCUAUUUCAAGAAUACCCCGACCCUUACAACAUCAUACGGUAUCAGCACCCUAUAAUCGUCGAUCACGUACCGCGCGUUACACACCCCAUCAAAAUUUGGAUCGUGAAAUUCGUAACCUAUUGCGUUAG